AUGAAGUUCAAACCAACGAUACUGGCUCGAGAAGAAUCUGAUCUCCACCUACCACGCAUUCUGUGCCUCCACGGCGGUGGCACAAACGCUCGCAUCUUCCGCGCUCAAUGCCGGGGCAUCCUUAAGCACCUGCAGCAUGAAUUUCGCUUCGUCUUUGCACAAGCCCCAUUUCCCUCUGCAGCUGGCCCUGAUGUUUUAUCCGUCUACAAAGAAUGGGGCCCAUUCUGGAGAUGGUUGCAGGCCUCUCCUGGCGAUGCCGAGUCACAAGAAACAGUCACCGAGUUAGACAGAGUACUCGAGAAUGUCAUGAAUCUCGAAACGAUGAAAGGUGCCACUGGCGAGUGGAUAGGUGUGCUGGGCUUCAGUCAGGGGGCUAAACUCGCUGCUAGCUUGUUAUAUCGCCAACAACAAGGUCGCAGUCUUUCAAAAGCCAACUUCCGAUUCGGUAUUCUUCUUGCCGGGAGUGCGCCUUUGGCAACACUCGAUCCGGACUGUGACUUAUAUCCGGGUUCUGUUCUAUCCAUACCAACUAUCCACAUGCAUGGCCUGCAUGAUUCGGGAUUGCAUCGCCACCGACAGCUUUACGCGUCAUGUCGGCGAGAUACUGCGAAACUUCUUGAGUGGGAUGGACAUCAUCGGGUACCGAUUAAGACAAAGGAUCUCUUGCCUUUGGUACAGCAGAUUCGGGAGUUGGCGGAAGAUACAGACGCCGGCUGGACCAGCAGCUUCUCUGUUGCUUUGGAUUUGAAGCCUUUGGUUUCCUGUUUAGAGGUGGAGGUUUAG